AUGUCAAGAAAAAAAGAACUCACCAAUCCACUAAUAGUGGUGGUGAAGAUUUACAAAGAUAUUUCUAAGCUUUACCAGUCCAACCCUAAGUGUACGAACUAUUCAGUUGCAGAUAUAAAGGCAUAUAAUGAUAUGAGUGCAACUCAGAAUGCUAUGCAUUUGAAUCCAUCAGAUUUGUGCAAUAGAAAGGUGGUUCUCAGUCAUGUUGUUCAGUUAGGACCUCUCAUCAAUGAUCACCAUAGAGGAAUUCUGAAUGCUACUUACACUGCUGAUGAAGUGAAGAAGGCAUUUUUCUCUAUUCCUGGGGUUAAAGCUCCAGGUCCUUAUGGUUUUGGUGCUUAUUUCUUCAAGGAUUCUUGGAGUAUAGUAGGUGAUGAAAUGAUUUAUGCUAUUUUAGAUGUGUUGCAGCAAGGGAAGCUUUUGAAGGAGCUAAAUCAUACAGUGAUCACUCUCAUUCCUAAGACUAAGUGUCCUAAUAAUGUGAGUGAUUUUCGUCCUAUUUCAUGUUGUAACACUCUUUAUAAGUGUGUUACUAAGAUUCUUUGUGGUAGACUUAGUCAAAUUUUACCUGAUUUGAUCAUGGGAAAUCAGGGUGGUUUUGUGCAUGGAAGGCAUAUAGUGCAUAACAUCAUGGUGGUGCAGGACUUAGUGAAACACUAUGGUAGGAAAGAUGUCAAGUCUAGUUGCUUAGUGAAGAUAGACUUACAAAAAGCAUAUGAUACUGUGGAUUGGAAUUUCUUACAGGAAAUGUUGGAGCAGUUAGGCUUCCCUGAGAAUUUUGUGCACAUUGUGAUGGAGUGUGAGAGUUUGCUUCUCUAUUUGAUGCUGCAAGCUUUUAAGCUUUUUUCUGAUACUUCUGGUCUCCAUGCUAACAAGAAGAAAUCAUCUAUUUAUUGUUAUGGUAUGGCGGAAACUGAUGUGAAAAUAGUGGAGUUAGUGUCUGGUUUUACUAGGAGUCAGUUGCCUUUCAAAUACCUGGGAGUUCCUAUAUGCUCCAAGAAGAUCACUACAGCUCAAUGUGAUAGGUUGGUUGAUAAAAUGGUUGCAAGAAAAAAAAUCUGGAGUUCCAGAAAUCUCUCAUACACAACUAGAAUGCAGUUGAUCAACUCAGUCUUACUUAUUUUUCACAUGUAUUGGGCUAAAAUAUAUGUGCUCCCCAAGAAAGUGUUACAUGAUAUUAAUAAGAUUUGCAGAGAAUUUCUUUGGAGUGGGAAGGCUUAUAUCACUAAGCCAAGUAAUAUCUCUUGGGAGAACUCCUGCUGUAACAAGAAAGAAGGUGGGUUAGGUUCUAGGGAUGUCAUUAAAGGGAACACUGCAGUGAUGGGGAAAUGUGUGUGGGUUGUAGCUUCCAAACAAGACAAUGUUUAUAUUAAAUGGGUGAAUGUUGUGUAUAUUAAAGAUGGGGUAUGGUGGGAUUACCAGCCAAGUGCUUCUGCCAGCUGGUAUUGGAGGAAGGUUUGUGAAAUUAAAGAGAGUUUGAAACAUUAUUACUCACAUGAUGAGUUCAGUGCUAUCUCUCAGUAUUCAGUUAAAGCAGUGUAUGAAAAGAUUGUUGGUGCUAGACCUCUGGUCAACUGGGAUAGAUUAGUCUGGAACGGGUUGAACAUUCUUAGACAUAGAUUUAUUUGUUGGAUGGCUGUCCAAUCAAGGCUUCAAACAACAACAAAACUUGCCAAAAUUGGAAUUAUUAGAGGAAUUGGCUAUAACAGACAGUCUCAGUUCAGGAAGCAAGUGUGGUAUGCAGGUUUAGCAGCAGCAGUUUAUGUUGUUUGGCAAUGCAGGAAUGGUAGUUUUUGGGACAAAUCUGUUCCUACAGUUCAACAUUUUGUUAAUAGUAUUAAGCAAAUUGUAAAAGAUAGAAUCAAGGUAGUUAUGCCUAAGAAGUGGCGGAGCCAUGAUUUGUCAGAUGAUGUAUCACCGUUAUCUCCUGAAUGUACCCGACAUAUCCAUGCACUAAAAUUGGUAGGAUGGACAAUUUGA